AUGCUUUCAACUUCCAUUCUUACCCUCACGGGUCUUAUCAGCAGUGCAACGGCCAUAAUUACCGGAGUAGCUGUACCUUCUACCAUUGCACCCGGCUCGACCGUAUCUCUCACCCUCACCACCGCCAACUAUAUCCAAUCCGUGGCCGACAUUUCCGUGGCUUUCGCUCUCAGCCCAGCCAUCUACCCAGGCUACCUCGGCGCAGAUUUGCUCGGAUCCUUCUAUCUCGGGCCCUCCAAGUCUAACGUCCUCACCAACAUCACCUUCGAUGUUGCUGUCCCUGCCAAUGUCGCCGAUGUCAAGUAUUUGACAGCGAUCAUCACGAGUCUUUACGGGGCCACCCAUGGACCUGUGACGACACAGUACAACGUCCCCAUUACCAUUGGCAAAGACACCAGCGACGAAUUAAGCUCCAGUACCUCUGGUACAAACGUCUGCACAAGCUCUUCAUCAUCCGUGGCGAGAGAUUCUACCUCCUGCUUCCCAUCCGCGACAACAUCCAUCAUUCAGUCCAGCAUAGGAUUCGCGGGUGCUUUGAUCGGAAACAUCGACCACGGAGACAACUCUACCGGACGUCAGAAUCUCGGUCAACUGAAUGGAUACCUUGGAGACCUCUCGCGUGCAAUUGUACCGGGCUGCAGUACCCCACCGGCAUCACCCUGGCCUCCGCUUUCACCGUCGGAUUCCAAAAUUCGCGCGAUUGGGAUGCUGAGACAGGUGCAGGAUGGUUUGAAUGCUUUGCAGGGCGAUGUUCUCGCGUGUGAGGUGGAUUUGGCAAAGAGUGUCUUGUGUCAGGUUCUGGCGAUUGUGAGCGGAGUUGCGCAGUAUUACGUUUGA